UCUUAGCUUUCGAUAGCUGUUAUUAGCUUUUUUCCUCUACCUAUGCUUACAGAGACUCUCACUCAUUUUAGAUCACCCGAUAUAUUGAAACCAUAUCAAUUGUAAUUUUUGAUGUCUUUGUUUUACUAUUAAAGAGAACAAGUUGAACGUCAUAAUUGGCCUGUACCGAAAAUGAAACUGAAACAGAUCGAAAUUGAAAAUGUUUUCGUAGAUUCUUCAAAUUUUGUCCCUUUUCAAAGUCAAAUAUAUACAAAGUCUCUUCUUGGAUAUGAAACCAGCAAGCGACGAAACUUUCACUAUUUCCGGUAUUCAUGCGAGUGUCCGAAAUUGGCAUUAGAAAUUUGUACAAAACCCGAUAUCGAAGACUCGAAGCUGAUUAGAAGUAUAUUGAUCAAUUUUCCUAAUUAUAAAAAUCUGAUGAUUCGUCUCUACCAAGGAUCGAUAACUAAUGAGGUGGUAUUCGAGAUAAUUGAUACCAGAUUUGAGUCUAUUUGUUUUACAUGUAGAGUAUUUAUUAGGUGAUUGGGACCCAGAAUACCGUCGAUGAAUAUUUCAAGAGAACUGGUCGGAGAAUCGCUUUUUACUUAUUUUACGAUGAUUUUGGAAAAAUUCGAUAUCUACUGAAUGAAGAUAUUGCCAGUCCUUUCAAGACCGAUAAUAAAUUCGGAACCUAGUGGUCAUCCUUUUCUUUUUGUUUAAAAACUUCUUCUCUUUAUUUUUUUAUCAAUCAUAAAUUCUUCAAACAUUGUACGCGCUAACUCAAGUGCCUCUCGAUGAAAAAACAAUGGACAUUAUUAGUUAUUAUCUCUCUUUAAAUUAGUGAUCCUUUUUUACAUUUAUUUAAUUAAAGCCCACGAGAAAAAGGUUCCAUUCUGGUCUUGUCAAACUACAAAACAGAAAACAAUAAUCCAUAAAUGGCCAAGAACUAGUAAAUCAGGAUUGGUGUUAGCCGAUCAUCGAAUUCGGUAUUGAUCGACCAAUUAUUACAAUUAAUUUUGUAAAGAAAAGUUUCAGCGAAAGAGAUUUUCGAUUCUUCUUUUCUCUGUGAUUUUUCUUUGUCUGUAAUGAUCGAUUCUUUCACCGAAGUGACCGAUCUAUUAACUCGGAUCGACCAACCACAUGAUUGGACUUUGUGAGCUUCGCUUUCAAAAGGAAACCUAGUGGUUACCAUUUUCUUCUGUUUUUGUAUAAAAACUCAAUUCUUUUCUGUCAAUCAAGUGUUAUUAAUAGUUUCUAAUAAGUGAUAAUUAAAGUGUGGGUCAAGAUGGACGAUCAACAAUGGACAUUGGUAGAUACGGAAGUGACAAUUGUGAACCGAAAAAAAUCUUAUCAAAUUCCAAAACAAAAGUUAUCAUCGAUUCCUUACUUUGUGAAAUUAUUUUCCGAUUCUAAUUGUGGCACAACCAAAAUAGAACUUGAUCUUGAUGAAAGUUCAUUCGAUAAUAUAGUUGAUUUUAUUCUCAACGAUCAUCUAUCAAUUUCCAUGGAAAGCGCCUUUUCAAUGAUUGAAACUGUUGAUUACCUCGGAAUGGACGAAAUUAAACAGAAAUAUCUUAAUUUGCACCAAUCAAAUUUUAAUAUUAAACGAUUGGAAGGAUAUUUAAACUUUUAUGAGAGCCAUAAAUACCAAGAAAUGUUCACUGAAGAAAAGCUCAAUUCUUUCAUUGAAAAGUAUUUUCUUCCAAUUUCCAACACAAGAGCAUUUCUAAAUUUUUCUGUUUCUCUAUUAGAACGCAUAUUGAAACUGAAAUUAGUUGUUUCUUAUGAGUAUCAAAUAGUUGAAGCUAUUCAUCGAUGGAUAGGAAUAGAUGAAAAUUGUCGAUGGAUGUUCAAUGAAGGAGAACGACAACAAUAUCUACCUCAACUCUUGAAGUUGGUCAAUUUUUGUCAUUUGAAAGACGGAGAGGUUCGAAAUAUCACUUCAAAGCUCGCAAAUUUUGGAUUCAACAUUUAUGCUUUGCAGUUGAAUGUACAUUCUUCCCAUGCUUGUCACUCAAAACUCUGUGGAUCAGAUUGUGAAAGUACUCGACAUCAUUGUAAACCAUUGAUCGCAAUCUAUGAAUUGGAUAAAAAUACGUUUGAAAUACGACGUUUGACAGGACCAAAUCUCUGGACAAAAAAUGGUCGAUUUACCCGGGAUGAGACAAUUUCAAAUUCUUUAAUUGUGGCAGAUCACAUUUUCGAUAUAAUCUAUGAUUCAGGAAGAAAAGGUAUUCGAGUUGAUUGGAGUACUAAGAAAUUCAAAGCUCUAAAAAUGUUUGGUGAUGACAAUUCUUAUUAUGGGCAAGCUCACAAAUAUAUCACUCAUGAUUCUAUCCGGGGUCAUACUCAAGCAAUCAUCAAAAAAUCGAAAAUGAGACCUGAACACGGAGGAUCUACGAUCGUAACACGUUUUGAAUCCAUUUGUCUGGAUAAUCACUUAGAGGGAAUUUGCUAUGGUAAAAAACUUCCCCGUGAUUUCCUUGAUCGUCAUAUUCAGCCUAAAAUUUAUCCAGCUACUAAGGAUAUUAGAUGUAAACAGAAUUAUUUUUAUUUUGAGUCUAUUGAUUAUCGACAACUGUCCUCUUGUAUGUUUCAAAAGUCGGUUCAAUCUCGUUCAUGUUACGUCUACCAUAUUGAUGUCAACGAAAAUCCUACAAAAGUAAUGUACCUUUUGACGAAACAUGAUUUUAGUUGCCAUUUUCACAAUCAUGCAAAAGUGAAAAACUCGAUUAUUCGUUUCUGAAAAGUUUCAUCGGAAGGGAUUCUCUUGAUCAUAUUGAGCUGAUUUCCUACAACAAUCUAAUUCUAAUUUGUAACAAGCGAACCAAAAUGAUUUAUUUCUAUGUCUAUGCUACUGAUAAUUGGAAUUUGGUCUCUAAAAUUGAAUCUGCUGAAAAGUUAAUUACGAUCGCAUCAAUCAAUUUACCGAUUGAUUCGGAAUAGAAACAUAUUGUCAAUCAUUUCAACUUGGAUGUUUAACCAUUUGAAACAAGUUCAUUCAUUAAUAUCAAUAAAUAAGUGACACUCGACUAAUUCACGAGAUUAUCAAUCAUUUCGAG